CUUUCUGGGAAAUGUUAGCGAGAAAAACAUUGCAAGUGCUUCAUUGGCCAUUUGUUCUGGGUGAGUGUAGUUUUUUCCUCAGUUAACUGCACACAGGUAAGGAAAUUACAUAAAAAUUAAGGUAAUGAAGGUAGUGACUCACUAACCAUCUUUUCAGCGAGUAUAUUAGCUUAAGGAGACUUUGUACUUCUUCGCACACUACUUCUUACAAAGGUGCUAAAUUUUUUUCCCGUCGUUCAUAAUAGAUUUUCAUGUGAGAUAUAUAUCAAACACAUUUAGACCUCGUAGUUCAAUUUUAUCUGUGCGAUUUUUAUCGAAACUCGAUCACGUCUCUCGCUAUAAACCACUCGCUCAGUCACGAGGGUUUUCAAAGGGCUGAAAAUAUUGCCAUUGUCUCGAACAUCCAGACUGAAUAUAAUUUGUUUUGUACCUAGGUGAACAGCUAUAACGAUCAUUUUCAUCAUACCUAUUAUUAUCAUCAGUCUUGACUCGCGCACAGUCUGUGACCGUCAUAUUUCAAAAUGACGGACGAAACAGACUCGGGGUUUAGGCCUAAUCUCACAAACACUACAAAGGAGAAGCUAGUGGAGGUCAUGAAAAGUAGGGGAGUUGCAGCCGCUGCUGUUAUUGAAGAAAAGUUUGGAGAUGUUAAGCACUUGACACACAAGCUUCAAACCUCGAUGAACAGGGGAAUAAUUGGAAUACACGAGGAUGUGAUGCACAGGCGAGCAGAGUUUGGAAACAACUUUAUGCCUCUGGAACCUACUAGACCUCCUUUACAAUAUCUUUUUUGUGCUUUGAAGGACAGGGUGAUGCUGAUUUUGUUUAUAGGAGCUUUGCUCUCUGUAAUUCUGGGGGCUGUCUUUCCUGAAAGAUGUGAAGGUCGGAAUGGUUUGGCUGUAGCAAUGUACGAGGGUAUCGGAAUCAUGAGUACCGUAAUGAUAAUGAUUAUGUUGGUGGCUUUUAGUGACUAUCUUAAAGAAAGUCAUUUCCACAGUUUGCAGUCCAAGAUCAACAGAGAACGUAAAGUUAAGAUUAUCCGAGGAGGUAUUGUAUUAGAUCUUCUUGCUUCAGAGGUGGUUGUGGGUGAUCUGUGCCUGUUGAAUAAAGGAACUCUUAUCCCAGCUGAUGGAGUGGUUGUUCAGGAAAAUGAUCUUCUUGUCAAUGAAUCAACUUUGACAGGCGAGAAGAGUAUGGUCUCCAAAGCAAUAGACCCCCUGGUAUUUGCUGGCACCCAUGUUGUUAAUGGAAGUGGCAAAAUGAUUGUGUUGGUUGUUGGUCCCAAUACCCAGAUCUACAAGAGCAAUAAUCAGUCUGCUACAUCACCCACUGCUAUUACAUUUAAGGCAGUUUUCCCCAAUGAAGCAGUUUUGAAUAUCAAUUCAGUUUCUUUUGACCACAAGGAAGAUAAUGCCAUGCUUCAACAAAAAGUUAAUAGGGUUGCAGUUGCUCUUGGUCAUAUUGGCAUCAUCCUGGCAGUAGUUGCCAUCUUAGUUAUAGUCAUCCGCUUUAGUGUGCACACUUUCUCUACACAAGGACAGUCCUUUGAGCCUGGUCUCAUUAAUGAAUACAUCAAGUCCCUAAUCAUUGGUGUUGUUGUGCUUAUCAUUGCUGUCCCAGAAGCCCUCUCUCUAGUGGUGUCAUCCUGUCUGGCAUUCUGUGUCAAGGAGAUGUACAAUGACAAAGCAUUGGUGCGACAUGUAAACAUGAUAGAAACAAUGGGAAAUAUUACAAACAUCUGCUGUAACAAGACAGGGGUUCUUACCCAGAAUCGCAUGGUAGUACAAAAGAGCUACAUUGGAGAACAAGUCUAUCUUUUUCAGGAGGACUUACGAGGGUUCAGAAGCAACAUCCCAAAAAACCUGUUUGAAGAUCUGUGCAAGGCAAUAUCCAUCAACACAAGUUAUUCAGCACAGAUCCUGGUUUGUAUAUAAUUAUUUCUAGGUGCAGUGACAUCUUUUUGUCUGUCAAACCUUUUAUUUGUAUUGGUAUAUGGUUAAAUAUAUUAGAUUUCGUAAGGGAUGUGAAUGUGCUCCUAGAGGUUUUUCAUUGAUCCAAUCUCAGAAUAACUCAAAGACUAAUCACAUACAUAUAAUGUUAUGAAGCUUCGUGAAACAAAACAAAGACAGGUCCAACAAAAUAGGAAUGGCACAGAGAAAAAAAAUGCUCACCAAUAACUUAUGAAAUUUGUUUUACUAAUUAAAACCACUUUGUCCAUGGUAGCCUUGUUUUUUCAAAACAUGUCAGUAGUUAAGAACUCCAAAAGACAAUCAUUUAUUUGACUUGAUGCUUCGGAAAAUUUCCACAAAUAGAACCUGUUUUGUCUUUGAUUCAAAUGUGGGUUAGAAAGUGAAAUAAUGAAAUAUCUCAGAAAUACAUGGCACAAACAAUUACGUAUUAUCAGUCUAUCAAUUUAGCUCAAUAGAAUUCCACAAUGUUAUUGCUAUGUUAAUAACUUAAGUUUAUUGCUCCUGACAAAUAUAUACAGCAAUGAAUUACUAUUACCUGAGGAGAGUAGUUGGUCAGAAUUGAAGUCCUCUACUCAGAUAUGGUUGAAAACUGUUUUCAUCUUUAAAAAUUUAAUUUUUUAAUGAUUUUGCAAUAAAAUAUAUUGUUUGGUCUAAGACUAUAAGUAAGACACACUGAUCACAAUUAUGAAGUAUGGAAUUCUUUUUGAGGAAACAAAUUAAAGAUAACAUUUAUAAAAAUUGAGAAAUUGCCUGUAAACAAAUUUAAAGUUCCAGGCAAAAUACAUUUACUCCUGAUUGUUAAUUUUGAAAGUGGUCUAGAGUCAUCUGAAUUUUAGCAGGUGAGCUUUUAAUUGAUAAUCAGUGUCAAGGUAAACAAGUGUCUGAACUUUCAUUUGCCAGUUUUCACUCUGUUUUGAAGAGUGGGAUGUGGAGAUCAACUACUCAAUUCUCCAAUAUGAGAAGGAUUAUUGGGUUCAGAAUUUAUGAAUUGCAAGCACACAACAGUACACUUCACAAUGCAAACUCUGUUUGGACUCACCAACAAAGAGCCUUUCUUUGACUUUAGCUCCAACCAGUUAUAGAUGGUUCUGUAUUAGCUUAAAUUGAAAAGGUAUCACAUGCCUCAAGAUCUUAAGGAAGGGUUGGCUAAUAUACAAUAACAUAUUUUGUUUCUUGAGAGAUAUAAAAUGGAUUUUACAUUGUUUAAAAGUAUACAUGAAUCUUAAACUGUGCCCUCUUAUCCUUUUGCCUGUAGGAGGGAGGAAAGGACAACAUUCCUAAGCAGAGUGGUGACAGGAUUGACGCUGCACUGUUGCAGUUUCUGUUCCAGUUUGGAGAGUACUACCAGUCCUGGAGAGAUGACUAUCCUGAGAGCAAGUUAAUUAAGGUUUUUGAGUUCACACCUGACCGCAAAUGUAUGAGUACUAUUAUCAGUGGUAAUCAAGGAGGCUAUCAGCUUUAUUCCAAGGGAGCUGCUGAGGUGCUGCUUGAACAUUGCACUCAUAUUGUUGGAAUCAAUGGGGACCUGAAAGAAUUAACCAAGGAAAGUGUGGAAAAUCUAUCAAGAGAUGUGAUUGACCCUUGGCAGCAAGAGGGCUUGCGUAUUCUUUGUCUAACAACAAAAAGUAUAUCUCCUGAAGGUAAAAUUAUUAAGUUUUUUUAGCCUAACUUACUUAUAUAUCCACACUUAUUCAUGUAUCUUUUAUUUAUAUUUGUUGGAUAAUGCACAUCCUUGCUCUGUGAUACAUUUAGAUUUAAAUUGUACAGAAUGUUGGCUGAGGAAGAUGACAUGGUUCACCACAGUAUUUUGGGCAAGCGAUUUACAGAAAGGGUCACAUUGGAAAUUGUGGUCAACAAGAUGACAUUUUGUGUAAAUUAAAGAAACUUAAAGCUGUUAUGUUUUCAUUGAAAAUAGGCAAGUUAUUGAAAUAUGUUUUCCCGUAAAAACAAUAUAAUUUUUUGUGGCUACUGGCUCCUAUAGGAGGCAAAGCCACAUAUGUCAUUGAGGUGAGUGAGGGAGUGAGUGGUGGUAAAAUAGAAUUCUGAUCUUGACCCAAUUUUGAGCUGAUUGUUUCCCAGGGCUACUUAUUGUUUGUUUCAGAGUAUCUAAGUAGUUUGACAUUUUCACUCCAAUCCACAGCUGAAUUCUCUCCUUUUGUGAUUUCUGGGUUAUAGCAACUAACACAUUAUGUUAUCAUCCUUAUUCUUAACUCAACCACUACUUAUUUUAAAAACAACUCACAACUCACAAAAGAGUUAUCCAGUAACACUUUUUGUGAGUGCUUUCAGUUUUUUUAAAUUCUCUAAAGUUUCAACAAAACAUUUGAACAAGGUAACUUCUACUGAAUUUUAGAGAGCUUUAACUUCACUGACCUCUACAGAAACAGUCCUUGCUUUCAACUAGUUUCUUUUGCUUUCUUUGUUUGAGUAUAGUAGUUGUCAUCUGUCUGUCUCUGAAAGAUGACGGGGUAGUGUCGGUUGAAUUUUUUUUGGCAUCUUUGCGAGUGGGUGUGGAAUCCAACAUACGAAUGGCACUCCCUGAUGCAGGUGUUGCCUGUAAAAACAGACGCGUGCCAAGGCUGCUGACAAAAUUCUUUCUCCCUCAUCUAUUUUCAAUGAGAUGUUCAGUCCUUGUCUUCUCAGCUUCAUGUAUACCCCUGCGACAGUGAUACACCAAGUGGAAAGAUCUUCUGCACUUGUUUCCCACAUGUCUGUGUUGAUGUUGCAGGCUUUCAAGUCUCGUUUGCACACAUCUUUGUAGCGUAGGCAUGGGCACCCUGUCAGUCUUGAGCCUUCUACUAGCUCACCAUACAAAAGAUCCUUGGAGAUGGGGCCUGGGUUUGCAAAGGAUGAAGUACAUGCCAUUCCCAUUGGCACGUUCUUGGACUUCUGUGUUUGACACUUUGUCCUACCACUUGAUGCACAAGAUAUGUAGCAGGCAUCUCAGGUGGAAUGUGUUGAGUUUCCUAUCAUGCCUUGCAUAAGUGGUCCAGGCUUCACUGCUGUAGAGGAGAGUGCUGAGUACACAGGCCUGGUACACACACAGUUUGGUCUUCGGAGUGAGACUUGGAUUGUUCCAGACCCUCCUCUUCUUUGUUUGAGUAAUACCCCAAAUUAAACAUCUUCAGUCUGGCUAAAUAAUACACAUUUGAAAAAGAAGGAAAUAUUUUGAAAUUUUUCCUCUUCAUUUUAUUUUUCUUUUUAUCGGGCACAAAUGUAUUAAAGAAAGUGUUCAAAACAGUGGAGACUAAUGAAUGUGUCAGCAUUAAUUUGUUGGCUUGAAAUAACAUUUGUUUCAAUCAGUAGCAGACCAGUGAUAGAUCACAUAUUUUGAAAGUUAGUAUACAACCAAUGCCUAAUUUUAGGCUCUUGUUUCAUUCAAGGAGUCUUGUUUGGUAUAUUUGUAAGUAUUUUUCUAUGUUAAAAUUGCAAGUUUCAGCAAAUUGUGAAAAGGGACAUUUUUUACUGGAUGUAGAUAAAGUGUUGAAUUUUAAAGAGCAUGAGGAACAGCUUGAAAUAAUAUUUUAAGCAGAAUUUUGAUUUAGACCAGGAGAAUAUUUUAAUUUGGUUCAGACAUUUAGUAAAAGGUACCAAAAUAUGGGAUCAAGAGUUAUCAAGGGGCAGUUUCCUAAGAGGUCUGACCAAAGAUCAAAGAAUUAGAUUUAAAUAUAUUUAGCAUCUUUUGCUACUGGCUUUGAGUCACACAUAAAAGGUUAGACAAUCUAAGAAAUGUUCAAGAACAAUUUUUGUAAGUUCUUAGCUCAAAUGCUGCAAUUUGAAGUCAUCAGUCUGACCAGUCAUCAGUCUGACCAGUCAUCAGUCUGACCAGUCAUCAGUCUGACCAGUCAUCAGUCUGACCAGUCAUCAGUCUGACCAGUCAUCAAUCUGACCAGUCAUCAGUCUGACCACUUUGUUGAACUUAUAAUUAGUUACAACUUCUGUUCUUUGUUAAUAUGUAAAAUGUUUUUUACCAUUUCACUCAAAGACAGUAUCAGUGGUGUAGAGUUUCAGUUUCAAUAACUGACAAACUAUAUUUCUUUUUCCAAGAUGGUGAGGGUCUAUUGAAGAAAAGAGAAAGUGAAAUUCUGUCAGGCUUGACACUCCAGGGGAUUGUUGGCAUUGAAGAUCCAGUGAGAGAACAGGUUUGGUGGUCAUCAGCAGAUGCUUUGUGCUAUUUUGCUGUUUAAUCUGCAUUUACUUUUGCAGCCAUGAAACUGUAAUAAUUGUUCAUUUUGUCCUAAAACUAAUAGUACUUCAGAGUUUUUUCACCUAUAGUGUAGUAUUUGCAUUAAGUUAAGAGAUAUAUUUUAUUUAAGGUAGUUGGUUCAAAAAAUUUUUUGUGACGUCAAUUUGUUUUCAAAUAUAAUAUCUUUAUUCCAAGGUGCCAUAUGCAAUAGGGCAAUGUCAGAGAGCUGGUAUAACUGUGCGUAUGGUGACUGGUGAUAAUAAUAUCACUGCUACAUCUAUAGCUGUUAAAUGUGGUAUCAUCAAUAAAUCUGAUGAAGAGAGUCUUGUGUAUAAUGGGAAAGAGUUCAACUCAUACAUCCACGACCCUGACAAAAAGGUAAUUGGUUUUGAAAGCAUUGGAUUGUAAUGUGCAACUGAAAAGCUGCUAGUAACAGGAGCGAUAGAAGGUUUUCCAAUUAUUUGUCUUUCUUCACAAGUUUUGAAAAAGGGCCUAAUUUUGACUUAACUUACCUUUGUUAAGUACAGUUACAUGGUUGAGAAUUUUAAUUUUUCAUGGUGUAUGAAUGUAAUUAGAGGCAGCCUGGCUUGGUUUGCCAAAAGGCAACCAACACUGGAAUGCAAUUGGUGCAUGAUUAAGCUCAAAAUUAAUAUAUGACACAUGAAUUUCACUGAAAGCAGAAAGGCGAGGUAAGGUGAGACUUAAAGUUUUCCCUUUAAAUUUGCGAUACAUGAAAUACUGUUUACAGUACACAUGAUGCAUGAAUUUGCUUAGGGCUAGGGUUAGGGUUCCCUUCAAAAUUUUUUCAUGAGACCCUCUUUGCCACCAUUAAGGCAUACUACUGUUCCACAUGUUCUGGUGAAGUUGCAUGCAACAUAAUUGUACUGGUCCAAAGGACUGCAAAAGUAUGUUGGAGUAGGCAUUAUGAUAAUGCAGAAUUUAGAAACAACUAAUUUGAGUUUUCAUCUUCAGAUUAACAUUGACCGGUUUAAUACCAUGUUGCCCAAGCUAUGUGUCCUGGCAAGAGCAACGCCCCUAGAUAAGUACAUUUUAGUGAAAGGAAUAAUGGAGAGUCAUGUAAACCGUGCUGGGGAGAUUGUGGCUGUGACUGGAUCAGGAGCUAAUGAUGGGCCAGUCUUAAGAAUGGCAGAUGUUGGUUUCACUAUGGUAAGAGUGCCAGGAAUCUUUCUGUUUUACUGUAUACAUCACUGAUUAUUUUUAUUAGUAUCACUUACCUUACCAUGUGAGUCACCUAACCUAUUAUUAUCAUUACGCAUUUUAACUAUCCACAAGUUAUGGCUUUAGUUUGGAGCAGUCAACCAUGUAAUCUGAUGAAAUCAACAUCUGUGUCUUAAUAAGGCUUUCCUAGUUAAUGGAUGGGUUAUCAGCCCUCUUGUUAGUCCCUAAAUAAGAGAGCCAGUGGAGGUUUCCAUCCACCAAAUUCUUGCUGUGAGAAUUGUCUCCCUAGGUUUGAAAUGAAAUUUGUAACACUUAUUUGAAAAUGUUUAACUAGUGAGCAGCCCUGCACAAACACAAAUUGUUAACACUUGUUUUAUUCUCCUACACAUUUCAUCUGACAAAAGCAAACUUUGUCAAGGAUUCCUUUAAAGAAGUUAAAAAAAUUUCAAUUCAUCUCAGAAUUUGGCUGUUUUCAAAACAAGGAAAAUAACAUUUUCCACCUUUGAAAUCAGCACUAACUAGUCUUACGCUAAGAGCUCACUAGAUUUAUGGUUUCUUCAAGUUCAACCCCAAGGCCACUGAAUUCCCCUCUGACUUGCCUUCUCAAUGUUGUGGUUGAAUUAAAAAAUGUAGUUUAUGGCCAUACAUUAAAACAUUGCCAGAAAAUUAACAGGAGUGGGCAAGUGCUUACUUAUCCUUUCCUUUUUCAUAAUUUCCAUUUGCCAUCACAGUCUUGGUAUUCUAACAGUCAUCUUUAUGUUUCAGGGAGUGGCAGGAACAGACAUUGCCAAGGAAGCCUCUGAUGUUAUCUUGUUAAAUGAUGACUUCAGCAGCAUUGUGAAUGCCAUUAAGUGGGGACGUCAUAUCUACCACACUAUCCUCAAAUUCCUGCAAUUUCAUUUUACUGCCUGCUGGGUGGCUGUUAUUGUGGUGAUCUUUGGAGCAGGCUUUGUGGGGGUAAGUUUACUGUACUGUUCAUGAUAAAGAGGAUUGCUCAUCAUGAUUAUCAAUGAAUAAAUUCACCUUGGUGAUUAAUCAUCUCUGCAUUCCCCUUCUCAAUGGAAGGGAUUAAAAGGGUUUCAAACUUGCUUGCUCUUUGUUUUGGUAUAAAUAUAUUUUCUCAAUGCCUUCUUGUAGUACUACUCGUCUCACGCCAUUCUAUAUGUGAGGUGACCCAGGAGCUUCUUAUUCCAGGUGCAAGUAAUGGUGUUCUUUAUGGCUCUGAAACUUAAUCCUCUAACUGCCAUGAGUGACCAAAACCAAAUUUCUCCCUAAAAUAUCAAUACAAUAUCAAUCAGAUAAGUUAUGAGAGUAUAGAAAAAUACAAGUUUGGAGAUAAUUGGUAGAUUCAAUACUAGAUUCUCUGAACUAACAUUAUAGGAAUUGUAUGGUUGACAGUAAGGAGAAUACAAAUUUUGAUCAGGGAGCUAAAGGGUUAAGGACUGUAAAAAGUGAUUGGUUGGUUUCAGAAACUGCUUUCUACUUUCCUUUUCAGCUAGGUGAUAGCUUAGUAUCACCAAGUAUGAGGUUUUUUUUUUUUAACCCAAUGACUUACUUUUUCAGAGGAGUCCACUGGUAGCUACACAGCUGCUUUGGAUCAAUCUGAUAAUGGACACACUGGCCUGCUUUGCCUUAACAAGAGACACUCCCAUUGACAGACUCAUGAAUUACAAACCGUAUGGUCGUCACAAACCGCUGAUUUCUCGCACUUUGCUCCGCAAUGUGAUUGGUCACAGCAUCUAUCAGCUGGUUGUCAUAUUUUUAUUGAUCUUCAAAGGAAGUGACUGGUUUGACAUUACAGAUGGUUUCCAUUCAGAGACGUUGUGCAUGCCAACUCAACAUGCCUCCAUGGUGUUCACAACAUUUGUGCUCAUGCAGCUGUUUAAUGAGAUCAAUGCUCGAAUGCUGCAGGAAAGAAAUGUCUUCCUUGGAAUCUACAAGAACUUCGCUUUCCUCAACAUAUGGUUUGGACAGUUGGCAAUGCAGGUAACUUUACAAUUUUUGUAACUUUACUUUCAUGACCUAGGUUUAUCAGUCAAACUGUUACUUGUUACCUUCUCUUAAAUAAAGUUAAAUGUGAUGAUAAUUAUUACCUCAAGUUUUUGGUUAUCAAUAUUAUUGUUGUUGUUAUUAUUAUUAUUAUUAUUAUUAUUAUUAUUAUUACUUUUGUGCAAAGAAAUGAAAGCAGCCCUCAGCUCUAUUCCAAAGUCUUUUUUCUUCUCAUUGAUUUUCUUUUCCAACAGAUCGUAAUAGUUGAGUUCUUCCACACAGCCUUUCAUGUGGAAGGCAUGGACCUGUAUCAGUGGAUGUGGUGCUUCUUUCUUGGCUUCUCAGAGCUCAUCUGGGCUCAGAUUAUCUUUACCAUUCCCAAGGAUGUUCUUCCCGAAGCAUUCCGCUGUAUUGCUGUAGGUGCUCCAAAAGGCCGAGGCAUUGCUUACUAUAGGAGCAGCUCCCGUGUUGAACAGCAGGUAUUAAGUCAUGUGUUGUUACAAAUGACAUAAAGUGUUUUGUUUGGUAGAGGUCCGGGAGUAAAACCAACUUAAUUGUCAGAAUUGACUGGAAGAACUCAUGUUUGAUUUAGUUUAUUUAAAGUUAAGCUAAUUAGGUUUUUGUUUGUUUGUUAUGUUUUGUUUUGUUUUGUUUUGUUUUUUUUGCCGUUCUCACUUUCUCUAUAUGAGGAUUUUAUAUACGCCACCUCUGAUCUACAGAGAGCUCGAUAAUAAGCAAAGUCCACCGAGAUAUACUAGGUUCAUGUGUUACUUCAUACUUCAAACAGCGGUAGUAUCGAAAGCACUUAUCAGAUAAAGAAAAAUGGCACAGAAAUCGGAGGUGGGGGUACUUAGUUCGUAAGAAGGUUUUUCUGAAAUCCAUUCUGAUGUAGGUUAUCUUUUUAAGUAUGAGGGGUUUAUAUGACUUGCAAGAUUUUUUUACUUUCUUCGAGCAUUCCAUUAAUCUCAUAAUAAUAGUUUUUUUGUUCGAAAAGUGUGGUAGGGAACAUCUGGCACUAUCAUGGUUCCGUCUUUGGAUACUGGUGUUAAUGUUGAAUGUUUUACACUACAGGACAGUGGUAUAGUCAACUCACUGUUGAGUCCAGUGGAUGAUUUUCUUGAGAUUGUGGAAGAAUGCCCGCCCAUGGAAUAGCUACCUUGCAUCUACUCAUGGAACAGAAUGCUGUGUUUAGUAUACGUGGAGUAAAGCUUGAUAGUAGGGAUAUUAAAAUUAAAGUAAUUAUAGAAAAAACCGAUCAGGAUUGGAGUUUGUUUAAAUGGUGUGUGCCGCUGUUGUUUGAUGGCGAUGGUACAUUGGUUACCGAGUCAUCAUGGUAACAAACAUUCAUUACCUAGAAAGACUGAAGUAAGCUGGCACCCCGUAAAAACUGUUGCAAUAAAAUUUUUUUUCUUGUAUGUAGCCAAAGAGACAUGAAAUCAAUGAGCUGAUCAAUCGAUCAAAAUUAAUUGGCGAGCUUAUCGUCCUUUUGCAUGUUAGCUUUGUUUCCUUCGUAACUUUGUAAGUAGCCCUGACAGCUUUGGUGUGCUGUGGAAAAAAGGCUCGACUCCUACCCAUCCCUAGGGCUUGAAUAGAGAGAGGAAGGAAGAAUGGUUUCUUCUCUUAUUUUCCGCUUUCCUUUUUUCGACUACAUAACAUGCUGCUCCGACCCAUUCCUAUUUCAAUCGAGCGUUAAACAAGAUUCAUAAGAAAAGAGUUGAGCUGUAGUUGAUGACUUUUAUUACAGAUUUAGUAAACAACAGUUUUAGUAAACAACAGUUUUAAGAAGUUUUUCAACUAAGUACCUUUGAAGUUUAAAAAUCGUGGUACGAUUCAGAUCCCAAAAUUGUAAGUUUGUAGUAUAGUACCAUAAACGUCUUAUCAAUCUUAUAGAUGCCAAGCACCGUUGUUAUACACACAUUAAAAACAGUUACGUAAUGUAAUCAGCUUCUAAAGCUUACCAACUUUUAAGAUGUACCGCAUUUUCAGUAUUUGAGGCCAUAUUUGCUUUGUUCAAGAAGGUCAACUUAUUUAUGUAACAUGUAGAGUACAUUGUGGGGUAAAUUUUAUAAGGCCAAUAAAGACUUGACUGCUAUGUUGAGAAUUAAACUUCUCCAGUCAAAGAUGCUGCUUCAUGAAAAUUAAACUGAUGUAAGUUCCAUGAUGUAUUUAUCGAAGCAUCUAAAUAAACAUCUGCAUACUAACUUUGUGUAGCAAAGUCAGGGUUUUUCUAUCCUUACUCUCCUUUGCGAAACUUUUUUUCGCUUUUCAAAACACCACGUUAUCUACCAAUCAAAUCACCGAUGAAAGGACAUGUACGUCAUUUUAAUGCCAAGUAUGAAAAUAGCAGCAAAAUGAAUAUAAUGACAACUGCAUUUUCUCAAUUACCAAUUAUGAAGUAGAUGAUCGGACAUUUAGUAUUUAACCACUACGCUGUUAUCUAUAUCUUUUUCUCACCUAAACUUCUGUUUUUCUGUCUCUGCCCCUGCCGAAAAAUAAUUGCGGUUUUGUUUACCACAAACAACCUUCGUCAGUGACCUUUCUAGAAGAUAAACUUAACAAGUUUGUGAUUGCCCUGAGGGCCCGUCACGGGCCUUUGCCGAUACAUGUUUUCGUCGGAGAGUUAGACGCUGUUCUCUUAAUCUUCUUAGUUUCCCCUUUUUUUCCAAACGUCUUUGUUCCGAAGUUACAGCUUCGGAAGUCUUUACGUGGUUUCGGGAUCACUUCCAAGUACUGAAACAGUAACUUACCAGGUAUUCAGCUUCUUAUCCCUUACUCGAUUGAAGAUAUGUGGUUAACAAUUCCAUCGCAAUUGUCUUUUGUUUUGUUUCGUUUUGCUUUGUUUUGUUUUGUUUUGUUUUGUUUUUUCUGGUUCCUUCGAAACGCAUAAAAAAAAACCUCUAGUCGGCUACCGGUACUGCAGGCAUUCACUGAAGGAUUUCAACCAGCAAUCAGGCUAUCGACCAAAAUAUUUCAAUGUGUAACAACCUUUAACCUACAAAGUACAAUCUGAGGGGGGACACGAUUACAUAGCUCCGUUUCUGGAUUUGCGUUGGAGAUAGAAAAUGAAGCUGUUACAGCACUAAUUCACACUGUGAUAAUUUAUCUGUUCCUUGAGCGAGAAUUCAAGCUUCAUCAAGUUGUUUUAAGUGUAGCUAUUGUUUACCCGUAUCGUAGAAUUUAUGACAAUCAAAACGUUAUUGUUGCGCUGCUAUAGCGACAGUUCCCUUUGUUUUUCAUUUGUCGUUCAAAUGAUUUGCUGGACCAAUCGCGAGACAUUUUUGCGUUCCUCUUCGUAAAAACAGCAGAGGCAAGGAGAAAGGGAAAUUUGUAAUUUACCUCGAUUCCAAAGUUUCCUGCUUAAUACUGUUUUAUGAAAAAAACUUCGUAAGUUUUUUCGUGACACAUGAAACUGCGAACGUCAGUAAGAUUUAGUGGUUCGUGAUUCCCGGAUUACUCGUUAAUUAAACAGAAUUCCUUGCGGCGAGUUCGUAACAUUUAAUUUUUCGUCAUCAGCACAACUCUGACAACUUUGUCCUACUCAGCACUCAGGCGGCAAAAACAUGGCACUUGACAGUCCGAACUGCGCUCCGGAUUUCCCCGAUCAUCAAGAGCUUAAACGCAAUUUCGUCGAUCUGAUGGAAACUCGAGGGCGCACAGCAGUAGAUCGUCUUGAACGAGAGCUUGGCGGUGUUAAAGCAAUCGUGCGGAAGCUUCAUUCUUCCACCAGAAAGGGUGUAAUUGGUAUUAAAGACGGGCUCGCGGGAAGAGAAGUUUUUGGAAGCAAUCAUAUACCGGUUAAGCCGCCUCAGAGCUUUUUUCGAUCGUUUAUCUACUCGCUCACAGACUCGGUCUUGAUUAUUUUAGUACUGGGAGCCAUUGCUGCUCUUAUUCUUGGCUGGUAUCAUCCUGAAAUCUGCGAUGGAAUAGAACAAACCAAAACAGCUUGGAUGGAAGGCUGCGGAAUUCUGGGCACUGUGGUAGUAAUAAUUUUUAGUUCAGCUCUGAGUGACUUCUUUCGAGACCGUGAGUUUUAUAAGAUGCAAGUUAGAAUGGAGAACAGCCGAAAAUGCACUGUCAUAAGAAGCGGAAAAGAAAUGACAAUCUGUUGUAAGGAUCUCAAAGUUGGUGAUCUAUGCGUUCUACAAGUCGGUUCAAUUGUUCCAGCGGAUGGUGUUCUCGUUCAGUCGAACGAGUUACUCACAAAUGAUAGUAUUGUUGAAGGUGGACAGAUAAAGGCUUCCAAAGGCGAUGCAGACCCUUUAGUGUUCGCUGGAAGUUACGUGAGAGAAGGAAGUGGUAGAUUUUUAGUCAUUGCUGUCGGUAAGGACACUCAAGCUUGCAAAAAUCAGGAGAAUAAGCCAAAGGCUUCUAAUCAAGAGUUUAACCCGGAUGACGAACGCACAACCUUGCAGGGAAAGCUUAACAAGGCCUCGGCUGUCUUAGGUCUCACUGGCAUCAUUGUCGGUGCACUAGUGACGUUCAUUAUUAUCAUUAGAUUUAGCUUUCAAACAUACUCAGUUGAUGGUAAAAGUUACGAUGUUAGUCACUGGAUUGAGUUCGUUCAAGCUAUAAUAAUGGGAAUAGUCAUCAUCAUCAUCGCUGAACCAGAAGCGCUGUCACUAGCUGUCACAAUCACACUCUCCUACUGCAUAGAGAAGAUGCACUCGAGUCGAAUAUUGGUCCGCAAUGUUGAUGUGGUGGAAAAGAUGGGGAACCUAACAACGAUAUGUUGUGGUAAAACAGGUGUGUUGACUGAACUGAGUGAGCUGACUGUCUCAGAGCAAGUAGUGGAGUGUUACAUGGCCGACAAGAAAUUCACUGGACAUCCGCGUUUUUACGGCGACAAGUUGCCCACGAACGUACUUAAAUCCUUGUGUGAUGCGAUAUCAAUCAACACCAGUUACUCCUCUAAUAUCACGGUGAGCUUAAAAUAAAUAAUUAAACGCAGAAACCAUUGCGAUUUCCAUUUACUGAUGUUAGAAUGUAAAGUAGGUCAAGGACCGGUCCAGAGAUACUGUUAUUCACAAGAUGUUAAUCCUGAAAAAUAACCUACUUAAGCUAUUCAUUGUUCCUUAGGCUGAGUUAGGAUAAUAACAAUUGGCGCAUUUGUAAAAUGGUAUUCAAAUGCGCUUUCAGCCGUGACGUAAUUACGAUCAUUCAAAACAAAAAGUCCGCAGUGGAUCAUGACGUAUUUGUUGUUAUAAAUGCUGAAAUUUUAAAAAAACCCAAUAGAUUACGUCUCUAAUUUCAAAUGCUCGUGGAAUAACCAUGGUUGAGCUGUAGUUUCUUUCAUGCAAAUUUCUGGCUCGUAAUACACCACUCCUUCGGUUGUUUGUCGCAGAACUUUCCAGUCCGACAGCUAAAUCAGUACAUGAUGUUAAACUUAAGACUGAAAAAUCGAUUAAUGAUGGCAUGAACAAAACAACUCAGAGUAAAACUUGGCCUUUGUUUCCUUCGUAAAUAAUGUCAUUCUCGGCAUUCAGAUAAAGUUCAUUUGGUCAACUUUUUUUUCAUGGUUGACCCCACCCAGUCAAAGUACUGACUCGUGCGAUGUGUUCAGUCGUCAGGCCCUGAAUGUCUCCCAAAACAAACCGGUGACAGGACAGAAUGUGGUCUUCUCCAGUUUGUGCUUGAUUUAGGCGUCUACUACCCGUUCAUAAGGAAAGAACAUCCAGAGGAAACAUUUGUUAAGGUGUUUGGAUUCUCUCCAGAACGUAGAUUUAUGAGCACAGUCAUUAGAGAUGGAAAUGAGUAUAAAAUUUAUAUCAAAGGAGCACCCGAGGCCAUUCUUCCAAGGUGCACGGGGAUUUUUAAGGAAGGAGGAAAGGUUGCUAUGUUUACUCUCGAGGAUAGAGGCGAGAUAGACCGAGUCAUUAAAAACAUGCAAGAGAGCAGUCAUUUAAAAGUGAUGUGCAUUGCUCAAAGACCUCUAUACCCCUCAGGUGAGUUGUGCCAAGUCACAUUUUUUAUGAUUGGCAGUGGUGUCAUUAGUUUACCCGUAAACAUUUCUCAUAAAAAGAGAAUAUGUAUGAAAUUCACAUGAAUUUCAUCACAGAAUAAAGAUCUUUACCACAUUUUCCGUACAUGAAUUUCUGGAAAAAUAAAACGCACUUUGACGACUUGGACCCACUCUCAGCUGACUGAGUGUAUUUAUCUUAUCGACACUGAUUUGGUCUUAAGUGUUUAUACAGCGGUUGUUACAUGGCAGACGCUAAGACUUUUUAUUGUUAUUAUUACUAUUGCUGGCCGAAGCGGGAGAGCCACAGUGGGAAAGAGAAGAGGAAAUAAUAUCAGAGAUGACGUUGAUUGGACUUGUAGGUAUCGACACAGUGGAUGAGUACGUAAGUACCUCUAGCUGUUAGCCAUAGCUUACUUAAAUUACGCUAGAUAGGAGAUUUUUAAGGACUGGUCUUCGUUAUUUCUAUGCUUUAGAUAUUUCCAUGCACUUAUUUAGUACAGCCAUGAGGUUCAAGUGUGUUUAUUUACAUCUGUGAAAUAAUGUACCCAGAACUUGAAGAAAUCUGCUUGUUUGAGUAUCUGAGUUCAACGCGGGAGCAUAGACAUUCCUGGCUGGAGUCAAUUAGCCACGAGUAGCACAAGAUUUUUCACCCUGAGGGCCAAACUAAGCCUGUUCUGUUACUUAACGAUCAAAUAGCCUAACAAAGCAACAGUUCGACCUUUAUUGAAUACGACAGUUUAUUACUGCCUGUCUAUCAGAUCAGCUAAAAGUCUAAAAAAAAUUAUUAUCAGACGGACCAACACGCCACCCCUUUCCCCCUCCUCCCUUCCUGUGCAAACAUUUACGUCAAUUCGUUUUGGAAGGGACGAUAAAAACAUGUCCUUUAAAGUUAGUUCUGACUUUUUACGCUCUGACGCUCCUCAGGCUUCUUUUCAAAAUUAUAGUUCCUCUGUAAAUAUCGUUACGUUGCUUAUAAAGAUCUAUCGAAUUGUAUGGGUUCAGCUAACGAGUAAUAGAACGUGGAUUCUUUCAAAUAAGUCUAUGGAAAGCUUCCAUAAGAAUAUUGUAAAAUGUUCCACACUUGUUUUUAAAUUUACUUUAACAAUUAUCUUUAGGUGACUGUUGAAAGUAGAAAAAGAGCAAUGGAAGGGAAAUUAGGUGGCAAGACAUUUCGAAGGUUUCAGGACCUGAAGAAAUUUAAAGAUGACAACUUCAAACAUCCAGAUUUUCCCGAGGAGAUCUGCCGAGGAAUCGCUGUUAGUACAAAAUACUCAUCAAAUAUUGAGGUAAAGUGGGGAAAGCUCAGAAAUGCCGACUUUACAUACAAAACUAUGCAAACAAAAGUACAUUCACGCCCAUGGGAAGAACUGUGGGUUACUUUUUGAUUGGUGAGCACACCGACAUAUUUUUUUCCAAAAUUUUCACAAUUUUUUCCGUAAAAAUUUUUACAAGUUAAAAGUUUAUUCCUGCAAUGCGAACGUUCAUAGUAGGCAUUCCUUUUCCAGUGCUUCUUUUCCUUUACCCUCCCUGGUCCUUCAGGAUUUUCACCUUCCCUAUUUUCUCACCGUGUACUCCCAUCAUACAGACCCCAAAGAGACUGAUCUGACAAGAUCCGACAUAUUCACUGAUGUAAACGCUCAAUACCUUUAAUCUUCGUUUUCAGGAUGAAGACGAUGACAACCUUCCUAAACACAUUGGCGACAGCAAUGAUAGCGCUCUUCUACAGCUUGUCCUUGAAAUGGGUGAGACCUAUCAGAUCUGGAGAGAUGAAUAUCCUGAGGAUAUGCUCGUGCAUAGACGUGCUAGUCCUAGAGAAGCACCUUCAAGUCUUCAGCACACUGCUGUUGUUAUUCACAUGAGGGACAGUGGCAGUGGAGGAUACAAGCUGUACUGCAAGGGGGCUCCUGGGUAUGUGCUGCCCCGCUGCACCCAAAUGGCACUUCCGACACUUGAGAAUAUUGCAUUCGACGAUCAGGACAAAAGGAACAUAUGGCACGAAAUCGAUAAUCUGCAAACAAGAAAACAAUUUGAAGUUAUAUGUUUAGCGUUGAAAUACUUUCCAGGUAAGUUGAUUGCCCGUGGUCCUUCGAGACAGUUGCUUGGAUGAAACCUCUUCUGUAAAAAGGAAAAAACACGGAUGGUGAGUCUGAAGUUUAGAGUAGAAAAGCUCAACCAUCUUAAUUCUACAGCUCUCUCAUUUCAUUGUUCUGAGGUUCGGUAGGAAGAGUCUUAUAAAGUCUUGCGCACUGACACUUAAGGGCAUUUUUUAAGAACAAUAGAAAAUAAUGGGACAAGUUUGUCCUUUUUUUCUCUUGAUAUGAAUCAUGGAAAAUACCUCAUAUACCUUUUAAAAUGUCACAUUUUUCUUCUCGUAGAAAACUAUGACUGGGACAACGAUGACUCCAUGUCAAACCUUACGUUCCUGGGUUAUAUUGGCAUUGACGAAAAUGUCCGAACACGGGUAACUAAAAAAAACCUACCGUAAGAUGGUUCAACACAAUGUGAUAUUUGAGUUAAGAUAUCUUGAAUUAUCAUGUUUUAUAACACAGCAAAGCGUAGCAAACGAUUAAUUGGUGAAGUGAGACAGACGCACGAUUAGAGGCGACGAAAAAUUUAAGAGAAAGACAAAUUUACACAUAUUUAAAUCAAAUAAAAUUCUUCUUGAGGUACUAGUUAAAACUAUUCUAGUUAUCGACAAAAAUCUUACUUGUCAUGAAGCGGCGGAAACUUGGUAGACUACGAAACUCCCGGCUUUACAGCCUUUUGUAUGUCUCUGUCUCGGGGCUUUAUAGGUGUGUACGUCUUACUAGCCGAGCAUGAAAGCUGUACUGGAAAAUUCUAGCCUAAGGUCGUGGCAGUACAGACCGAGCGCGUUAAGAUCCGUGCAAAAAUAGUCGAGGGCCAAGAUUCCCCAGUACGGCUCAAACAAGCGAGUUUAAUAAACAGUUAAUUGUAUGGCACACGGAUCAAACUCGUUUACUUUAAAGAUGCCGCCUUUCGCAACCUAUAAUACACGGCUUUAGACUGUUUCCGUGGAAACAAUCUGUACGGCAAAAUACGGAGCAAGUCAGAGCCAGAGCGUUUGAAUUUACCUCAGGACUACCUUGUCAUAUAAUAAUGAGAUAUUAUUCCUAAAUCAUUUUGCUCUGAUGUAGGUACCGGAUGCCAUAUGGGAUCUCCACCAAUCAGGUAUUAAAGUGUGCAUGGUGACAGGGGACAACUUGAGUGCUGCAGGAAGAUUCGGCUCAAAGAGCGGAAUCCUAUCACCAUCUAGGGAUUGGCCUCUCAAAGAAUUUUCCUAUUUUGGAUGCGACAGCAAAGUUUUCAGCAGCGUGAGUAGGCAUAUAUUACAUAAAUAUUUCAUAUAAUUAAGCGGUUUACUGAAAGUCGUUGACAUAACUUGAUUGGUUGGACCAAAUGAUACCUCAUCAGCUAAAUACUACCCUGAAAGAUUGUUUUUCCACAAAACUCACUAAACAAACAGACUGGCGAGGAAUGAUGAAUGAUCAGCCCAAGAUACGUGUUAAGGCAGAUCAUUGUGAUCCACAUGAAAAAAGGAUGACUGUGGAUUCACGAAUCGAAUGUUUUUGGUAAACAAACAGAUUCAGUGAGUAUGCGUGAAUGAACAUUAUUUUGGUUCAUCUGAAUAUGCAACUCUAGGAAUUGUAAAAAAAACUUCAUUAACGUCAUGAAAUAGGUUGUUGUUCAUCGUGGUAGCUGGAUGAUAAUAAAUUUGUUCCGUUGCCUCACGAUAAAGUCACUAGAUGUAGAUCGCGACGUUUCGACAGCUUACUGCAAGUCUUCUUUAGGCGAUGGGGUCGACUGGUUCCGGCACAGCAAUAUGUAUUACGGUAGUCUGCUGCGAUUGACCGAGACAACCAUUGGUACACAAGGAAAGUGAAAGAGGCAAUUCACAUAAGACUUAACCCAAACAACAUAAACAGGGACAACGGAGCCGAAAUACCGCAAGCGUGGAUGCCGACAAUUAGAAACUGAAACAUCAAAGCCGGCGAUGCACGGCAAAUCAGCUAACGCCUGAGGAAACCAUGUUACACGGAAACAAUAACCGGAUCGAAAUGCACCAGUCGACCCCAUCGCCUGAAGAAGGCUUGCAUUAAUAAUAACAAUGACUUUAUUGGAUAACACAAUUACUGGUGACUUUGUCGUGAGACAACAGAAAAAAUUUAUAUUAUCAACUUCAUUAACAUAAUUCAACCUGAUCUCGUUCAAAUCAACAAUCAUAGAAUUUUUUCUCACACAGUCCAUUCUUAGUUAAGUCAAUUUGUAUCGUGCACAGAUCACUAAAGAAAAGUUCGACGAAUGGUGGCCAAACGAACUUCGUAUCCUGGCCUCUGCUGGAGCGGCAGACAGACUAAAAUUCGUCGAGCACAUUCGGAGGAGCCAGUCUUCUCCACAUGGUGAGAUAGUGGCUGUGACUGCUUCUGGAGUGAAUGAUGACAAAGUAUUGAGGAGUGCUGACGUAGGACUCACCAUGGUAACUAUGGCAAUCAACUAUAACAACUUGGAACCCAGAUUCCUUGGAUAAACACGCAGGCUUUUUAGUUAAUUCUAUUUUUUGCAUUACGUCCGUAAGUAUGGUACAAACACAUCUUAAAUUGUUUUUGAGUGAAUCCGUCAAGUUCGGACAGUUGUACUGAAACAACUGCUGUAAAGCUUUACAUCUAAACUACAAUAAACUAAUUAUUGUUUAAAUAAACAUUUUUAGUCCAAAGGCAGGUAGUAAAUAUUUAUUUCGUCGCGAAUAUAGAAAGGCUGACGCUUCGAAAAACUUUUGUUUAGUUUUUGUGUCUAAUUAAUCUUGAUCUAGUUGCUGCGUGCGCUCCUGGCGUACACCAUCCGGAUGAUAAUCAGCCAUGCUGGUUUGGCUAACAACCUUCUCUGGUACAUUUUUUACUUUGAAACUGUAUGUCAGGAGCCAGCCUUCAUUAAUAAACAACUUAAGAAUUGAUUUGUUUCCACAGGGCGUGUCUGGAACAGACGUUGCGAAGGAAUCCGCUGAUAUUGUGUUAGAAAAUGACGACUUCACCAGCAUUGUUGAGGCAGUCAAAUGGGGACGUAACUUGUACGAGACCAUUCUCAAGUUCCUCCAGUUUCAGUUGACCGUCGCGUGGGUUGCCAUCAUCGUUGUGAUUGUUGGAGCGUGUGUCACAAAGGUUAGGUCAUUAAUUCAGUUGUUCUAAUAAGGAGAAUUUGCAAUAUGUAGAUAGCCUGGGCCUAAGGCCGAUACAAAUUUCUUGCCACUUUCAUGAGGAUUAAAGAAUUGGAAUAUUUAACAGGCCCAUUACACUAAACAUUGCGGGGCACGACAAAGUAAACUACCAAACAAAAUUGAUUAUUUGCACCUAAUUCAUUCGUUUAGUUCUUCGCAUGAGAAGAACAGCGUUUAAAGCUGGACCAAUGAAGUCUUUGGUCAAAAUUUUGACAAACGCUGCCAAAGUUGAUUACAGCUCUAGUGUCAGUGUCGGAAUUGCAACAAUGCAAACAGUUUCAAAGGUAAAACCCGAAAAAAUAUAGAAAAACGAGUUAGGCAACAUAUCGUAAUCUCGCUUUCUUCACAGGACUUGAGAUUCAUAUCGAUGACCCAUUGGUUUUGUUACCUUUUUGGUCGGUUUUGUUUGAGAAAAGUCUUUAAAAGUUGUUGCCUAUUUUUUUAUCUCACAGCGAAGUCCUCUGUCAGCCACUCAGCUGCUAUGGAUAAACCUUAUCAUGGAUUCACUGGCAUCGUUCGCUCUUACUCGUGAUCAGCCAUCGGACGACAUAUUCAAACACAAGCCUUACGGUCGAAGCAAGCCUCUUAUAUCCCGCGCUUUGCUGAGGAACGUGAUCGGUCAUUCUAUAUACCAACUGGCCGUUAUGUUCUUGUUAAUGUUUGUUUUUCCUGAUUUCCUGGACAUGAGAAAUGGAUACGAGGAAUCCAGUGUGUGCCGACCAACUCAGCACAAGACCAUGGUUUUCACGACCUUCGUUUUCAUGCAACUUUUUAAUGAAAUUAACUGCAGGCGGUUACAGGACAGGAACGUGUUUUCUGGAUUGUUAUAUGGCAAGCUCAGAGAUAUCAACUUUGUUUUUAUCAUAGUCUGGAUUGCUUCUAUGGGAAUUCAGGUAAGCUCAAAUUGCUACUUAUUUUCACAACUUAUUUUUGUCUUGCUAUGCAGUGUGGGAUUAUCAUUAUCAGUAUGGCUUACCUUUCGUUGCUAGUGAACUUUUAAUUUCUCAACCAUUAUACUUAGACUAGCAACUGAGAAAUCGGCUAAUUCCCGAGCCCUAUUGCAAAGAGAAGACGUUAUUAUAAAUUGCUGUACAUUUUUGUUUUUAAUAUGUUAAUAAUAACUGCUCAUGGCAUACGGACCGAGUGUAGGAGGUCCCAAUGUGAAAGAACGGAAGAACGAAAACUUUCACUCUCUGGCCCGACCAGACUCUGUCUGGUAUUUUACCAUAUGACCACCAAGUCUUAAGAAAGUUGGAAAUUAAGACUGAUUCUAAAGAGACAGCAGUUUAAGCCUAGUCAAACGCACGCAACAUCUGUAAUGUUGUCGGAUCGUGUUGAAAAGGAGCUGGCCAAACGCGCGCGACAUCUUGCAACAUCCAAAAUGUUGCAAUUAAAAUUUGACCUUUUCAAAAUUGAUUCAACACCAUCCAACAUCUAACAACAUCUUAUAACACGUUGCUACAGGGUGACCAAACGUAUGCAACACAUUGCGUGCAACAAUGUUGCAAGAUGUUCGUUGAAAUGUUACGUACAUUUAGCCGGGCCUUAAUUAAAUACUUAAGAGGGGUGCGGUCGACAACUUCAAAACAAAUUUUAGAGUAACGACAUUCGCUUUAUUUCUUUACGCCAGAACAAGGGACUCGCAGUUUAUCAAAAAAACGACAGAUUUUCAGUUCUGUUUUAUUUUAAGUUUGCGACCACAAUUUUCCAAAGCAACAGAGCCGUACGAGUGCGGGGUAAGACGGCUUUUACCGGACAAGCUCAUGUUCUGCUCAUUCUUUUAGAUCAUUAUCGUGCAAUUCUUCACAAAUGCAUUUCGUGUGAUUGAUAUGGAGUGGGACCAGUGGAUGUGGAGCUUGUUUUUCGGCUUUUCUGAGCUGAUCUGGGCCCAGCUUGUGUUCACUAUUCCCAAAGAGAUUAUUCCUCGUCAGAUUCGGUGCUGUGCGAAUGGAAUCACCAGAAACAGAGAAGGUUGCUGCGAGAAGCUGGCCCUGAUGCGAGGCGUCUCUAAGGUUCGAAAACAGGUGAGGUUUGAAUGA